GAGCGGCGGCCAUGGCGGAGGCCGCCAUCCUGCGGGUGAGGCACUGCCGCGCCGACAUCUUCUGCCGCCGGGCCCCGCCGCGCUGCCCCGCCUGCGGCCUCCCCCUGAGCGGCGCCGGGCUGUCCGCCGCCCCCCUCCGCCUGCCCAGCCCCUUCCGAUACGGCCACCGGCAGCCCCGCGCCUUCCUCCUGCGGCCCACCGCCGGCUCCUUCCUCGGAGGAUACGACGGGGAAUCCGACCUUCACGUUGGAAUAACCAACAGUCACGGUGUGGUGUAUAAUUACAACGAAGAGGGCAUUCACAGAGCUGAAACUGGAUGGGAACAGUGCAUAAGUAUCCCACUAGUGCAACCAGACAUGUUUGGGCUUCUUCAGGAGUGGGAUAAGCUCCUAGAGGAAUUUUCUGUGGGAGAGGCCUGGCUUCCUCACAGGUAUGUAGUUUAAAAGCUGGGUGCAACAGGAGUUUUUAGUUGGGGAUGAUAAAUGGGGCUAUUCCAUUUUGGAUCCUGUGAGGCUUAUGGUUCAUUCAGAGCUUUGCUCUUUUAGAACACGCAUUUCUACCAAACCAGUCCAAACAACGCUGUCGGGCUGUCUUGGAACUUAGUGGCCUUCCUAAACAGAGAAAGAGUAUUUUUAAGUCGGAAGUAACAAAAGCAUCUGCUGGAAUGUGAAAGCUCUAAAAUAAGAGAUCAUUUUAGGGAAGUUUUCUUCAACAACAAAAUAAUUUUGCAUGAAAAAAAACCCCAAAACAGUUCAGUGAAACAUUACCUUUAAGAGUAGCUGCCAAGUACAGAAGUAGGAAAGUCCAGGCGCAAUUCUAUAACUAUUUCCUCUAGGUCUCAGCAGUUUUAGGUGUAUUUGCAUUUUCACACUGAUGGGAUUCUUGCCCGCAUCGUGCCUCCAGAUGACUCCUUCCUUUGUUGUCAGUGAUCAGAAAUGGGAAACACACUCGGGCUGGUUUCCAGCUCUUCCAGCUGGUUCCUAACAUUGCUUUGGAUAGUUAAAUACAGAACGACUUCCACAUAUUUUGAAUUGAACCAGCAUGUUCCAAUGAGAACGCUUGCUUCUUUGUAGCUUUCCUUGAGUUUCAUGCCCGAUGACAGCGUUACGAGUUGUUUGGCCUGGCUAAAGCGUGUGUUGCCACGUCACGGAGCCUGCUGAUGGACCAAGCAGCCUGUUGUGAGGAAAGGCCAGUCCUCGGCCCGCUCCUCAGUAACAGCACAUGGAACAGACAGCCCAGCCGAGCAGAGGCCUGUGAAUCAUUUAAGUUAAUGAACACAAACGCCAUCUUAUAUAAAAGCCAAAAAAAAAAAAAACCCACAACAAAUCAAAAGCAGGUUUUAGCAAUUCUGUAAGCGCUUGACUAUAAAAUUUCAGAGAUAAUGUGAUAAUGUGUUAUUUCCCCAGCAUCAGGAGAUGAAAGUAUUUGACCUAGAAUAGAAUUUUUAAAUGUCCACGAACUUGUAAAGCCAACAGUAUUUGUGUCUCUCUCACACUCUUACAGUUCCCAGUGCCUUACCACCUUCUACCAACACUUUUUUGACAUCAAGUUAAUUUUUAGUAACAAUGGUAUCUCUUCUACAAGCUUUUAUUUGUUUUUCCUUGGUCUGCAACCUCCUGACAAAGUGACCUACUUUUUCCCACAAAUGACCAGUAAACUGCUGAAAACUGAACUUUUUUUUUUUUUUAAUUGUUAAAUUAACUCCUCUGUUUAUUUUUUCAAUGGACAGGAACCGUGCUAAACUAAUCCUGUAACUCCUUUGGGUUCAAGCCAAGCCUGAUUCUAAUUUUCCUGAUUGCUUUUCAUUUACUGGAAGAAUGGUAAAGAACAGCAGUAAAGAACAGUGGCCACAGCCAUGACCAACAGUACCUUAAUUGACUGAAUUACUGAGAGAUCCUGGGUUUACUUGUCAGGAUAUAAAGACAUACUUCCCAGAUGUAAUUUCCAGAUGUUUUGCACUGCACAGUGCUGAUGGCCAUUCUUUAAGUUACUCAAUUAUUUUUCUUUAGCAAUUAGUUGAGAAAACUGUCUGGACCUGGGCUCAGGGUCCCAGGGUUGCUUUUGAUAGUCGUAGUCCUCAGAUGUUGCAAAACCACCCUGUAAAUUCCCAGGGCUGACAGGCAAACCUCCCAGCAGAUUCCCUGUGGCAACAGGGACCAUGGAGCCACUGACAGUGGAAGGCAAGGAGCGAGUCACAGGGCUAGGAAGAACAAGGGGAAAAUGAGAUGGGAUGAGGCAAUUACAGAAGGUGGCUGAGGAUUAGGCAAAUGGCAAACAGGUCUGCAUCAAACAGUUACACAGGGCCCCUGGAAAAAGCAGCAUUACGUGGGGAGGGAAUGGAAUAAAUUAGUGAAGCUGUUAGUGGCCAACAUGAAACAUCUGGGAGAAUCUGAGAAACAUUCUGAGAGUGAAAAGACAGGUGAGUGCUGUGUGCUCCUAGGUCAGGGUAAUGGGGAAAAAAAAGAAGAAAGAAAAAUGAGAACAUUUUAAGUGGCUUCUCUUAUUCAGUGAGUAUUUCUGUCCUUGCACAAUUGGCACAAGUUAUUGCCAAUGGGAGUUUGACUGGCACACCGUACAGCAACUGUAUCAACCAAUGUAGUAGCCAUAGAAUUUGAUUUUAAGUGAGCUCCCAAGGUAAUGCUACACUGAAAGAAGUGAGAAGUGCACGUGGUGGCACACAAUUAGCAUUACUGCUGCAGGAAGACGUUUUCAAGAUAACGAGUAACAAUACAUGGAAGAGCAAAGGUUAACAAGGUAAAAGCUAAGUAAGUCUAAAAAA